AUGCGCACAGCGUUCACUUUCGAAGACGACAAGGAGUUGGUUCAGCUUGCACUAACCUCUUCCGGCGGCGGGUCGCGAAUCUCAUGGAGCGACAUUGCGCAGCGCAUGCGGCGCAGUGGCCACCCAGCCAGCGCUCUGAAGAAGCGACUGCGGUCCCUCAAGCAAACCUGGGGCUAUCCCAGAAUGGAAGCUGAGCCCUCUGCACGUCACGAAGAAACCGCCGCAACAGCUACAGACGGAUCUGAAGUUAUUGGUGCGACUUCUGAGAGCGGUUGUGCCCGAGCUGAAAGUUGUGACGUGAAGCCGCUGAGAGCGGGCGAUGAAGCUUUAGUUCAAGAAUCGUCAUCUCUGCCGUCAAGUGUUGCAGAUGAGGUGGCAGCCAUUAUUGCAAACGUACCAAUGCAGCUUGUGAUGAAUGACCAGAAUGAACCGCAUCGCAAUGCAGGGGAGUUGAUGCCGGAUGGAAUCAAUUCUCUGUUGGACGAGAUUGGCUCCAUUGACGAACACGAUUUGUUCCUGGAUAUCGGUGCAGGAGUGGGCAAUGUUGUGGCCCAUGUAGCGCUCCGUACGCGUGUUUUCAAGGCAAUUGGUAUUGAGCUUUGUGAGGACAUUUGCCGUGCUGGGCCGUCGAACGGAGAUGAUCUGCAAAAAUGUUGCUGA